UUCAACCCUCCAUUUUAAAACCCCUCCCCCUCCCCAACCCUUCUCGUUAUUUCCUGCUAAUUCCCAAUCCUUUUCUCUGGGCUCCAUUCUCUCGAGAGAAUUAGUAGUUUGUUAAAUUGAGGAUGUCGCGGGAGGAAAAUGUUUACAUGGCCAAGUUGGCCGAACAGGCAGAACGAUAUGAGGAAAUGGUUGAGUUCAUGGAGAAAGUUGCGAAGACAGUGGAUGUCGAGGAGAUGACCGUUGAGGAGAGGAAUCUCCUCUCUGUUGCUUACAAGAAUGUCAUUGGGGCUCGAAGGGCCUCAUGGAGGAUUAUUUCUUCCAUUGAGCAGAAGGAAGAGAGUCGAGGAAAUGAGGACCAUGUCGCAAUUAUCAAGGAUUACCGCAGCAAAAUCGAGACUGAACUGAGCAAGAUCUGUGAUGGGAUUUUGAGCCUACUUGAGUCUCAUCUCAUCCCAUCAGCCUCAUCUGCUGAGUCCAAGGUGUUUUAUCUCAAAAUGAAAGGUGAUUACCACAGGUACCUGGCUGAGUUUAAGACUGGAGCUGAAAGGAAAGAAGCAGCUGAGAGCACACUGUUAGCCUACAAGUCUGCUCAGGAUAUUGCUCUUGCUGAAUUGGCUCCUACUCAUCCAAUUAGGCUCGGUCUUGCUCUUAACUUCUCAGUGUUUUAUUAUGAGAUCCUUAAUUCGCCAGACCGUGCUUGCAAUUUGGCGAAGCAGGCUUUUGACGAAGCAAUUUCUGAGCUCGACACAUUGGGUGAAGAAUCAUACAAGGAUAGCACCUUGAUCAUGCAACUCCUCCGAGACAACUUGACCCUUUGGACUUCUGAUAUUGGGGAUGAAGCUGGCGACGAGAUUAAGGAAGCAUCGAAACGUGAAUCAGGGGAGGGCGGACAGUAGUUUGGGUUGUUAGUUGAUACUUGAUAGGUGUUGUACUCUGUACUUCUUUCAUUUUUCCCCUGUUCUUUAGUGUUGUUGUUGUUGUUGUUACUAGUAGUUCUGAAUGAAAUGUUCUUGAUUGAUAGCUUUGGCUUUUGAGUGCAAGAUCUGGAUGCACUUUUAGGGCCUUUGAAUACUCCUACAGAAGUAAUGUGGUUUUAUUAUUCAUGAGAAGAAAUUGGUGUUUGGUUUUCGAAUGUCAUGGAAUAUCAACUUUUUGGUAUAAACUCAUU